GUUCUUGAAUCAGCACAAUGAGUGACAUGUUUGUUUGCUACACUUAGGAGGGUAGUCUACCUUCGAAUCAGGAAUGUAAUACUAAUUUGUAAAAUGGUUGAUGGUUAAAUUUUGAAUCACCACGACAUGCGUGGUUCAUGUUCUUCCGUUAAGUUAGUUUUUUUUUCCUGUUAGAAGUUUCGGGCUAGAAACCAAUGGUUUGAUGGAACGCCUGACGACACCACCGAAGAGCUGUACGUACUCUCCUAACUGUAAACCUACCGUUGCUACGUUGUAAAAGUUGAAACCUCUCAACACCAAUAUCCUGCGAAUAAACAAUAUGGCUUGUGCCACGUGCCUUGACAGGGUAUUGAUGUUCGAUUUCACCAAUCACCGAAACAAUCGGCAAGGAGACAAAACGAUAAAGUGGCGAUUGCGACGAUAUCCAGAGGUCCUGAUAAGCAGGACGGACUGUCACCGUGGGUAGUUCGCGUUGAGGAUUCAACAGGACGUGAGGAAGAAGAACGAGAUGGUGCGGGCGAUCCCGAGCGACAGCAACAACUCGUGUCGCAAGAGAUUCUGGCACAUUUUCCUCUCCUUAAUCAUUUUAUGCCAGUGUUGCUGUCUUUACAGUCCAUUGGAGUGGCACGAACCGAUGCUACCAUAUCCCGUAAUACGCGACCUCACAUGCGAAUAUGGCGAUUAAUCGUGUGGAUUAUGUUAGCUACGUAUAUGGGAAUCGUGAUAUACUCUUAUGUUGUACAAGGUGCAGAGUCCUUUCUUGUAAGCCACAUGUCGCAACUUGAGUUAACUGACGUAGUUCUAUUAUUUUUUGCCGCUCUGAUGGCAAAUCUAUCUCAUAAUUUUCAACGGGUGUCAUUUCUUGAAAUUGUUAAUUUCCUUAACAAUCUGGCCACAAAAAGUCAGCUGAAGAAACAAGGUGAAGCGGAGGAGCUACGCUGCUUUUUACUUAGCCUUCUCAACUGGCUGUGUCACAUUUCAAGUGCCAUUGUAUACGUCUUUCAUAAAUGUAACGGCCAAGAUACCUUCCAACAAACGGAAGUGCUUAUUCGGAUGCUGCUUAUGAAUACCACGCUAUGGAUACAAGUGAUCUCAGCAAGUGAACUGUGCUGGAGCUUUGCUCAUGUCGUGCGCGAAAUUAAUAAUUCACUCAUGAAACGCGUUAACUUGCAUCUAUUGCUCGACAUGAGAGUUCGGUACUCCCAAAUGGUGACCGCAGUGCGCGACGUCAACAGGCUGUAUUCGGUAUCAUUAGGAAUGGCCUACAUUCAUGCUGUCACCCGAAGCAGUUUGACGCUACAACUUUUUCUGAGCCAAUACAAGAUAUCGGCGGCAUUAUGUAUGUGGAUAGUUUAUGAGACUGUUAUGCUAGUCUGCCUAGUCAUCGUGAGCGAGGCUUCCAAUUAUCUCAGGAUUAGUAGUAUAGCAACGGCGACUUUAGUCAGCGAACAAAUUUCAAAGUUUCGCGACGCGCCUCAACAAAUGGGCCUAACAGUGGCCCUUCGAUCUCUAAAAAAAAAUACCCUUCAACUGAAGCUCCUUGGAUUCAUACCCCUAUCGCGUGCGUUUUGUGUGCUAUACUUAAGUGGACUUAUUUGUGGUGGACUGAUAUAUGUCAUGCAUGAUAAAUAUGUGCUAUCUGCGAUGGCCGCCACCACGACGUUAUAGCUACAUUUGAAAGCGCUUGAUUCAAGAAAGGAUGGGAGCAUGUAGCGUAAAUUAUAAUAAUGGUACACUAGCAGGGACCCAUUUAUUAGAAGGUACCAUGAAUAAUGUAUAACCUACGAAAGUCUAUUAUCAUUUAUGAGAUAAAGUAUAUUAUUUAUACUAAAUCAGCCUAUAUUUGUGUUCAAAUAUGCAGUGUAAUUAAGUACUCGGGCAAUUUGUUUAUACACUUCUAAUUUCGAUUUCCCAGAUUAAAUACAACGUAUCCCAAGGGACACAUAUCUUAUGAAGACUUACAUUAUACUUCAUCUCCAAGUUGGAACAUAACUUUCAUUAAUUAUUUAAUAAUACUUAAUAACUAAGUAGGGUUAAUUUUGGAUUUGAUCUUAAGUAAUAAUAAAAUUAUUAUUUAAGUAAUAAUAAAAUUAGUAUACGGAGAUAUUAGAUGGAGUGUACCAGUUUCUUUAGUCGAUCUCAAAAUCUUAGGUUUAGGCGAAAAUGUAUACGGAAGUAAAAUCCUGUCUUCACACAUUGCUGCUCAUAAAGUGCUGUGAAAAAAUUAGCAGCCAAAGAACUGUACGCUUGUAUGGUAAAUGAUCUAUUAGCGUUUUCACACCGUAAUGCACCAAACUGGUAUUUUUCUGACACUCCUGCUCGAAGCCUCUAUAACUAUACGAGAGAUAAUUUUCUGAUUUUUAGCGCAAAUACAGCAUAUGUACCAGUAAGGUCAAAAAUCUUAGCUGCAAUAGUCUAGAAUAGAAUUUUCGUGGCUAUUAGAACCAUGUAAAUCUCAAGAAUUUAAAAAUCAAAUGAAUAAGUUUUUUGC